AUGACUGCAGAUAUAGAUUUUAAUUUUAUAAAAACUACCAAAGGUAGAUUAAUACAAACAAUUCAUGAUACAGCUAAAUGGGGAGCAAAAGGAAUAUGGGGACCAGAAUCAACUCAAACUGGAGUUUGUAGAUUAGCAUUAUCUGAUUUAGAUAAAUCAGUACGUGAUUGGUUUGUUGAAGAAAUGAAAUCACUAGGUUGUUCAAUUAAAAUAGAUCAAGUUGGAAAUAUUUUUGCAAUAUAUCCUGGAAAAAAUAAUAACGUUAAGCCAACUGGUGUUGGAUCACAUUUAGAUACUCAACCUAGUGGAGGUAGAUAUGAUGGAAUUUUAGGAGUUUUAAGUGCUGUUGAAAUUAUAAGAACUUUAAAAGAUAAUGAAUAUGUACCUAAUUUUCCCAUAGCAGUUAUAAAUUGGACAAAUGAAGAAGGAGCUAGAUUCCCUAUAAGUAUGGUUGCUUCAGGAGUAUGGGCAGAAAAAAUUUCCUUGGAUACUUGUUUAAAUUUAGAAUCAAUUGAUGAUGAAAAACCUAAAAAAUUUGGUGAUGAAUUAAAAAGAAUUGGAUAUAAUGGUGACACCAAAGCUUCGUUCAAGGAAAAUCCUCUAGCUUGUCAUUUUGAAAUUCAUAUUGAACAAGGACCAAUUUUGGAAAAUGAAAAUAAAAAAAUUGGUAUAGUUAUUGGAGCUCAAGCUUUUGAAUGGAAUUUAGUAACUGUUACAGGAAGAGCUUCUCACGCAGGUACAACACCAAUGAAUACAAGAUCUGAUGCUAUGUUAUGUGCUUCAAAAAUUAUAAUUAUGGCUAUCGAAACUGCUGAAAAAUAUGGUGGUUUAGCAACUGUUGGAACCCUCAGUUUAGAACCACUGUCAGUAAAUGUUAUACCAAAUAUUGUUAAAUUUUCAUUAGAUGUAAGACAUAUUGAAGAUGAAAAAUUAGAUGCAAUAAUGUAUGAAAUUAAAUCAAAAGCUAAUGAGUUAGGUGAAAAGGGAAUAGAAUCAAAAUUUUCAAAACCAUUAUCUGUUGAUUUUCAAAAUUUAACAACUUCAAAAGCUAUUAAAUUUAAUGAAAAUAAUAUUAAAACAGUUAAAAAAGCUGCAUUAUCAUUAUUUGAUUCUAGCGAGAUUAAAGAAAUUACAAGUGGUGCAGGUCAUGAUUCUUGUUAUACAAGUAAACAAGUUCCAACAUCAAUGAUUUUUAUACCUUCAAAAGAUGGAUUAUCUCAUACACCUGAAGAAUAUUCAAGUCCAGAAGAUGUUGAAAAUGGAUUUCAAGUGUUGUUGAGGACAAUAUUGUUAUAUGAUAAAUGGAGAGCAGAUUAUGAAUAA